AUAUUUUACAAGAAAUUUUAAUUGUGUUUUUUAAAAAGUAUAAUAAUAAUAAUUUACUUCAUUUUGUAUGUAACCAUUGAUCACAGAAUAGUUAAUAAUUCUGAACAAACUGCAAAACAAAAGGUUCUUAUUUGUUAGUAUUUAUCAGAACGUUAAAUCGCAAACGAUGUGCUAUCCUAUCCGAAGAUUUAUUAUUUCCACAUCGAAAUGCUGGUCCCACCGCGGGAAAUGGUCAGCACGGACGAUUUUACGAACAAUCGCUUAACAUCUUCACCAGGUGAAUUAUAUUUCUCAUAAUGUCACAUAACAGAGGCGCGAUUUAUCAUUUCGACAUUGCUAAUCCCGCCGCCGGGAUGUGGUCGGCAUACGUAGCUUCAUGAUGAAUCGCUUAACAUUUUCUCAGUGAACGAAUUUCCGGACGAUCUGCCAAAAUCGACGACGUAGAGUCGUUUAUCUCCAGAUGAUUCGUCGUAGUUGUCGUCGUCCUUGUCGUCGUCGAGGGAGAAAGCCCAGCGACGCUUCGCAUGCCGUAGAUGGAACAUCUUCGUCGACGUAACCAAGAAAAACUGCUCCCACCUUGGAUCGGCGUUGUCGAGGCAUUAUUGCGUUACGGUGUGCCUUUAAUAUUGGAACAUGCAGUAUCCGUCCUGUGCAUCCGCCGUGUCUGCAGACGAGUGCGCACACACGUGUGUUCAUUCGAACCUGAAUUUCUAUCUACAAUAUAUGUUCAUCACUUUGUGGUCCUAUACAAGAUGUUUCAUGGACCAGAAGCCUUCAAUGAACACGUUCUAUAAAAAUUUAUAAAUUUUGCAAAAUCUGUUCCAUUUUUUAGUUACGGUACGUUAUCACUAUUUAAGAGUACUUUAAUAUAAAAGUACGUUAUGCCAUAAUUAGCAGUUUUUUUAAUUAUAAUUUUUAUUAUGAAAUGGAGAUUAAUUAGUAUUAUAAUAAAGAAAUAUAAUAUUAUAUGGCAUAUACUGUUGUUACGUCCAGUAGACUCCACGGUUCCUCGCUUCCAAAGUAAAAUAUUCUUAAAAAGAUUUUUAUAUAAUAUUCUAUAUAAGAUUAAAUCAGCGAACGUCGUUGCCACGCGCGAAAAAGAUUACGCGUGAGCGGAGGUCUGGGGGUCACGAUGAGAGAUAUCGCGGUUCCCGGAAAAGAAAUAAUUAACUGAUUCCUGAGCGAUUGCUCUCAUCAGAGCCGUGCAAUUUGGCACACGUCCGGCAAAACAAGUCUUUAAAUCAUGGUUAAAACUGGGCUAAUGAAGCAAUCGUCUCGUUACCGCGACGUUCGAAAACUAUUCAUCUAGGGGUUAAAAAGGUUAACUAUCGCAAAUGACGCGCGAAAACAAUUAUCAAAGAAUACCGCCAAGAGAUUUCUUUGAUUUACAAGUAUUAGACCCAUCCGCUGAUACCAAGUAAAUUAUUAUAAGCGAUAACGAAUGGUUCGCGCAAACAAUUUUUUGUGAAUUCCCGGAAAAGAAAUAGCACUCCCCAUGGUCCUUCGAACGUAUAUAAAAAGGCAACGAUCUGCCCAGAGACUCACUCUCGGACUCAUUCAGUAACCACUAUCUCGUGCGGGAGUUCCGAAAUAAGUUUCAAUAAUCUAACGGACGUGUGCCAAAAUCAACGCCUCGCCUUCUUUCUGCCUCCUUGGUCUGGAGAACUGGCAACCCACGACGCUGAACAUCAAGGAAUGGGUCCCACCAAACGCGGAUCCGAGAGCUCGAGUUCCCCGUCAGAAAAUAACCCACGGGAACCCCACGCAGUAGAGGGAAACUCUUCGGGCGAGCCACCGCGCAAAAGAAAUUGUUCGCGGUCUCCGAGUUCUGAUUUUCCCUCAAUCAGUUCACCAUCACAAUCGCCACCACCCUCUCACUCUUCUUCCUCAUCCUUGGAGAUAUUGUCCCCACGUUCUUCCCCUUGCCCUUCUCCCGUUCCCUCCUCGCCAUGGUACUCACCAAUUGGUUCACCGAAUCUUGAAGAACAUCUGGAUGAACCUAUCCCUCCACGAUCAUCCCCAGAACCAUUAACCACAGGCCAAUCCUUUCCUUCUCUCGAAGGGUUGAGGGAUUUUACGAGCGUGGUCUCGAGGUUUUUCGAGAACACAUCCUCAAUCUUUUUCCCACCUUGGAGUCACCCCUUCCGCCCAAUGCAUUUCUCCUCGGGCCUGCGUCCCUUAUACAAAAUUACAUUUUAGACUACCCAUAAUUAGAAUUGUCAGAAUUAUAAAUAGUUUUCAUCAAUGUAAAAAUUAUAUCGAUGUAUUUAUUCUGCGUAUU